GACCACGCAGAAGAAGGGAUGAAUAUGCCGCGUCACGUUCGUUUAAAUCAACUUUCAAGUAAAUGUAGUACAGCAUAAAUUCAGGCCUCUUGUACACGUUCCGACGUGGUCAGUUAUUGCCCCAGAGUGAUCUACAGUUUGUGAAAAUGACGGGAAAAAUCAUCGCACUAGCCGCACUGAUUUUUUUCAUGUCGAUUCUGCACCGCGGAAAUGCCUCGCGAAUACUUUGCGUAUUUCCAUCAGCCUCGGUAAGUCAUCAGGUAGUUUUUCGCGGAUUGACCCUGGCUCUUAGGGAACGGGGCCAUGAUCUCGUUGUCGUGACGCCAAACCCGGUGAGGGACCCGAAUCUGAAGAACUACACCGAGAUAGACGUCAGUUUUCUUUACAAGGAGAACUACGAAACGGAUUAUAUAGAACUGCGACGAAACGCGUGUUGGAUUGACUGGUUCUGGAAUGUUACACCUAUACUACAUUUGUUCUGUGAAAAAACCUUCGACCAUCCAGAAUUCAAGAAGAUUUACGCACCGGAUAGCGGUGAAGAGUUCGAUUUAAUGCUGACGGAGACUCUUUAUUGGCCGGCAUUUUUGGCUCUCGGCAAACGAUUCGACGUUCCGAUCAUUGGUAUGACGUCUUUGGGUCUUGCUCUGAACCUUCAAUACUCGGUUGGGAAUCCGAUACUAACUUCUCAUCAAUCGAACUGGGACCUUGCAAUGAAGGAGGUGUCUGAUUCGCCGACGCUUUUUGAGAGGCUGAAGAACUUCUACGACGUUUGGAAGUUCAUUUACAAUUACAACACGGAGUUCAUGCCUGCGCAGCAUGCCAUUGCAAAAAAAUAUUUGGGAAACGAGAUCCCCGAACUUGGCGAAAUCGAGAGGAACCUUAGUUUAAUUUUCACCAAUCAACAGGGACCGAUUUCGUAUCUUAGACCGAAUGUACCCAACGUUAUUGAGAUCGGUAACUUCCACGUGUCGAAGAAGAUCAAGCCUCUGUCGAAGGAUCUUCAGAAGACUCUCGACGAAUCCAAACAAGGAUUUAUAUACAUGAGCCUUGGGUCGAACGUGAAAAGCACCAUGCUGGACAAGAAAUCACGGUCCGAGUUCAUUGCCGCAUUUUCCAAGCUUCCCUACACGGUAAUCUGGAAGUUCGAGGCCGAAUUUCUACCCGGCAAACCGGACAACGUAAUAAUAAUCAAGUGGGCCCCGCAGCAGGCGAUUCUAGCUCACCCAAACCUGAAAGCCUUCGUGUACCAAGGAGGACUUCAGAGCACGGAGGAAGCGAUUUCUCACGGCGUCCCUGUGAUCGGUUUCCCGGUGAUGGCUGAUCAGGACAUGAAUGUUAACAAAAUGGUGUCUCUUGGUGUCGGAAAGAAGCUGGAAAUUACUGACGUAAAAAGGGACGAUUUGAUUGAAGCAAUACAAUCCGUUGCGACGGACGGCAGCUACAAGCAGAGGAUGCUCAACUUGCGCGAACUGCUGAAAGACAGGCCGUACGAUUCAUUGAAGAAUGCCGUUUGGUGGACCGAGCACGUGAUUCGACACAGAGGCGUCCCUCAUCUCCAUUCUAGUACUGCCGACGAGCCGUGGUACCAGCGUGGCGAUAUGGAUGUAAUCUUUCUCAUUGCUGCCGUGUUUGUAAUAUCUGUGAUGACCGCUUCAGCUGUACUUUAUCAGUUGUUAGUUUACAGUAUGAAGAUAUUCGGUAAUCAGCAGUUAGUAAACAGGAAAGAAAAACUCAAGUGACAAUACAUGUAUAUUCAUUGCACAUGAAAAACACUGUUUUUGUGAUUGUGUUUGCAGGGAUUUAUAAUUACUGAUUCAUGGAAAAAUAAACAAAUGAAGCCAA